UUUCCUUCUUUAUGUCCAUCCUUACAUUUUCCUCCCUUUUGUUCAUUGUUUCUGUCCUUACUCCCUUCAUGUUUUCUCUUGUUGUUCACUUUAUCAUUUCCUCUUUCCAAUUUCCUUCCUUCUAUGUGUCCCUUCAUGAUCCUUUUCCUUCUUUCUUUUCCGUUUUGUCCUCUUUUUCACCACCUUUCUUCCUUCCCGUCUCUUUUUUUUCAGAUGUCAUAUGAUAGUGAAUUUUGUAUUUUGAAUGUAAAGCACUGAAAACUGGAGUUGGAGUUGAGUCUGGAAACGUCUGGCAUUUUUACAGAGAUGAAUGUGGAUGACCUUUCUCUGUCGCUUGGCCACUGGGUGGCAGCAGUGAGUUGUUGAUGAACUUUCAGUUUAUUUUGAAGGGGACUCACUCAGUUACACAUCCAAUGUGCGGCUUCAGGUACAACUUAUCUAACAAUGUCAUCUCAUCAUCAUUUAUCCAUUAGAUUUAAACGAAACCAUUUACGGUUUUUUUUUUUGUUUUGUUUGUUGUUUUGUUUUUUUAUGCUUAUGGAGAAGAUUAUUUGCGCUCGUUUGCGCGCAAGCCUGAUGGUUCCAGCCUGCAUGCUGCUCACCAAUGAGCAUCUAACCCCACCCAUAGUCUAAAACAGAGAGAGAGGGGGAGAGAGAGAGACGGUGGGUGGAACUGUCCUGUCAUCAGGAGCCGCAGGGUGUCAUAUUAAACGAUUGUGCGUCUUGAAGAGGAGAUGAGAAGUUGGGAUGGCAGCACUCCAAGCUGCGGCUCUGUUUGGGAAUAAACGUUCAGGCGUUUAAAUUAAACCUCCCCUCCCCAGAUGCUGACAGUAUGAGUGAAGUCAAUGAGAGCGUCUUUCUGAACAGGUCACUGAGGCCGGACCUCUUCAGCAACCUGGAGGACAUCGACGUGACGGCUGACGGAAGUCCGGUCCUCAGAUUCCUCAUCUGCCUCGUCUACUCCGUGGUGUGCGCCGCGGGGCUGGUUGGCAACCUGCUGGUCCUCUUCUUCAUCAGGGUCACACAGGAGCGCAGGAAGUCCAGGGUCAACUUCUUUGUGCUCAACUUGGCGGUGACGGACCUGCAGUUCGUCCUCACGCUGCCCUUCUGGGCCGUGGACACCGUCAUGGACUUCAGCUGGCCGUUCGGAGACGCGAUGUGCAAGAUCAUCCUGUCGGUCACCGUCAUGAACAUGUACGCCAGCGUCUUCUUCCUCACCGCCAUGAGCGUGACCCGCUACUGGUCGCUGGCCUCGGCUCUGAAGAACCGAACCGUGCAGAGGUCGUGCUCCGCCAAGUGGGUGUGCGCGGUGAUCUGGACUCUGGCGACCGUGGCCACCGCGCCGACGUCGAUUUUCUCCACGGUCACCAACGUGACGGGAGAGAAACUGUGCCUGCUCAGGUUUCCGGGCGGCCAGUACUGGCUGGCGGUUUACCACAUCCAGAAAAUAGUCGUGGGUUUUGUUCUACCCAUGUCCAUCGUGUCGGUCAGCUACUUCAUGCUGCUGCGCAUCAUCCGCAAGCGCAGCAUGAAGACCAGCAACCCCAAACGGAGAUCCCAGGUGACCAAGUCCAUCACCAUCGUCAUGCUGUCGUUCUUCUUCUGCUGGAUGCCGAACCACGCCAUCACCCUGUGGAGCGUCCUGGUCAAACUGAACUUUGCCAACUGGGACAGUGCGUAUUACAUCGUCCACACGUACGUGUUCCCGCUCACCGUGUGCCUGGCGCACACCAACAGCUGCCUGAACCCGAUCAUUUACUGCCUCAUGAGGAAGGAGUUUCGGGACAAACUGCGGGGUCUGGUCCGCAGGACAUAGUGGUUUUAAAGGCUCAGGGAGCGACUUAAUGACGCGCGUAAUGUGUUCGGCAAACUGUAACCAAGGCGCACCGGAUGCGCAAAUCGGAACCCAUCAGCUUCUGGUCGCUCAUUUUUAUGAUGAGAUUGUUCUGACUCGUUCAGAGCUACAUGAAUGUUUUACGUUAAAUUAUAAAGAAAUUAAUUUGCUACGUUGCUUUCUGAAUAUUUAUGCGUCAAAAAAAUAAUUAAAAAAGUCGUCCACGGGUCGUGCGUAAAAAGGCGUCACAAUCAUCCGUGUAUUAUUGUGCUUUUGAUAUUACUGGGCAGAUAAUGUGUGGUGAGUCGCUUUCCAUUUUCAUGUUUUAACUAUAAGUGCAUUUAUAGAAAGCUGAUGGAGCCGUGCGCAUCAGUAUUCUCCCCCACCAAAAAAAAAAAAAAAAAACCAGCUAAAAUGAUUAUUGUAACUAGGCAGCAAAACCUCGUGUGUGCCAAUAAAGCACAGCAAGUUCGGACUAUUUUAUUUAUUUAUUUUUUUGUCCAAGUGUCUUAAAGAGCGAUGACAAUCACAUAUUUUUGCUUUAGUCAAAGUUUGAUAUGAUAGAAACGGCGAAUAAAAUCUAUGUAAACAGAGCUGAGGGGCUCAGACAUAAGCAGUACGCAGCGGAAAUAGACUUUAAAAUGGGCACCGAUAUUCCCCUCGGUGUGACGCAUCACAGGAAAUUAGUUACAUGCACGCGCUAAACGCGUACAUGCAGUGAAAUGACUGGGUUAGCCAUUGACUGAACUGAAUGUAUAAUGCAACGACUUGACUAGAAAGAGACCAAUUACCAACAGCCUCAUUUUGUGCCACAUUCAGUGCUGCGUUUCUUUCUUUCUUUUCUAUUUUUUUUAUUUAAAAAAUGUCUGGCUUUGUUAAAAACAAGACUUUAGUUACCUUCACUGACUCUCAUCUGAGAUCCUUACCUCAGAGACAUUUUUCUGACUCAUUUGAACUGAAAAAAUAAAAAUUACACAGACAUGAAAAAGCAUUUGAGUACUGAUGUCCGUCCACUUUGGUCGUUACCAAUUCUUUGCAGAUUAGUCUUUUCAAGUGUAAAAGAAAAACAAAAAAGAUCUUUGUAAAUUAAUUUUCCAUCUGAUCUUAACCUGUUAAAGUGACUUCCUUCGAGGCCAUGCAUUCUUUUGGAAAAUGAAAAAGAGUAGUUGGUAAAUGACUUGCCGAGCACACACGCAGACGCAGACACACAUUGGAAGUGAAAUAAUUAACCAGGCACUAAAGUUCAUGUUAAGUUCAUGUUAAUGAAAUAUGGCUGAGGCCUGGGAGUGGAUGACAGUCAUCAGAGGAAGAGCAGCGCAUCCAAAAGUCGUCUUGCACGUUUGUCACAUCACGUCUACAAACUUCAAUAUGGUUUACUGAUGUUUUAUGAUGAUGCAUAAUUUUUAAUUUAAUGUGUUCACAACUGAAGGAAAAGGUAAAGUGUGGCGUUCGUUUGUACUAAACCCCCUCGAAUCAUUUUUCCACUACAUUUCCAAUAAUUUACCACACGAGAAAUUGCUUUGAUCUAAGCCAUUCUUUUUGCAGCACUGGCUGCGUGUUUAGAGUCACAGUUUUUCAGAAAUGUGAAUAUCUGCUGUAGUUGCAU